CUGUUAAUCCAACGGUCAAGAAAGUAGCGUCAGUUGAAAGCUAGGCCAGCAAUGCUUGCCCUAGAAACCAUCUUCCUCAAAUCUCGGCCCAUUUCAACCUAAAUUGCCGAUUCCUUCCAUUCAUUUCGCUUUUCCAUUAUUCGACGCAUUCCAAUGGCUUUGCCAGACCAGAAGACUGUUGAUUAUCCGAGCUUCAAGCUUGUGAUUGUUGGCGAUGGCGGCACUGGAAAGACGACUUUUGUAAAGAGGCAUAUCACUGGGGAGUUUGAGAAGAAAUAUGAACCCACGAUUGGCGUGGAGGUGCACCCACUGGACUUCUUCACAAACUGUGGGAAAAUUAGAUUUUACUGCUGGGAUACUGCUGGGCAGGAGAAGUUUGGGGGUUUGCGUGAUGGAUACUACAUCCAUGGGCAAUGUGCAAUCAUUAUGUUUGAUGUUACAGCCAGAUUGACCUACAAAAAUGUUCCUACAUGGCACCGUGAUCUUUGCAGGGUGUGUGAGAAUAUUCCCAUUGUUCUUUGUGGAAACAAGGUUGAUGUGAAAAAUAGGCAGGUUAAAGCCAAGCAGGUCACAUUCCACAGGAAGAAGAAUCUACAAUACUAUGAAAUAUCUGCGAAGAGUAACUACAACUUUGAGAAGCCAUUCUUGUACUUGGCCAGGAAGUUAGCUGGCGAUGCUAACAUUCAUUUUGUGGAGAGUCCUGCCCUUGCUCCUCCAGAAGUACACAUUGACUUGGCUGCCCAGCAACAGCAUGAAGCUGAGUUGGCGGCAGCUGCCAGCCAACCUUUGCCAGAUGACGACGACGAUGCAUUCGAGUAGAUACAUGGUUUGAUGAAUAUCUGGUGAUUUUCUUUAUCAGAUAUCUAUAUUUUCUCUUUUUCCAGCCGUGUGAUCUUGUUGCUAGGAUUGACAAUAUGCAAUUGGUGGGCUGGAUGAUGUGGGUAUUGGUAGAUAUUUGAGUUUUGAAAACGUGAAGUUUUCCCGGAACAAACAGAAUUUGGUGUCAUUGAUUUGUUCUUUUGUGAGUUGUGUAUCGAUUAAUGUUUCUGUUAUGGAUUAGAUGUUACAGUAAUUGAGAUGAGUUGAUUCCGUUCUUCAA